AUGGUUGCCUCAAGAAGCUCUUUGGACAUACCUGUCUUCGCUGGUCAAGGAUCCACGUCAUCAAGUUUCACUCAAACGCGCGAGUGCAAUGCCAGCUCGCCUAUUGGAGACGUUUUUCUCUCGGCGUGCCACAUGGCUUUUUACGCAGAACUCGUUUCUCUGUCGUCAAGUGAUUUUAAAUCAACUGGUAUCGACAUGUCAGAUUUUGCAUCAAAGGAUUCGCUUUUGACUGCUCCUGAACAACCUCAAUACCUCCACAAUCCCAUAAUUUCUGGAUCGACGAUAUUUCUCGUUCAAUCUCUCCGUUACCUUGCUUAUAUGGAUCCCUUCGACCUCCCAUGUGCCUCUCUUCGUCCGUUUACUGAUGUAUGGAAGUGCAACGCUGAUCACGGUAUUGGAUUGCUAGGAUUCUCUUCUGGUAUCAUCACGGCCUGCAUCGCCAGCACCUCACCAACGAGGAUUUCAUUUCUCUCUCAAGCAGUUGAGGCAUACCGCUUGGUUUUAUGGAUCGGAAUACGUUCACAACUUUACCGCCAACAAGCGCUUCUGCGUGCUUCCCUCGAUGCCAAUACGGACUUGCCGUGGAGUUUGGUAUUUUUCGGCAUUGACAUGCACGGCGCGCAGGAAGCUCUCGACACUUUCAAUCAAGAUCUUGGAUCAGACUACCUUUACAUAACUGCUGUGGUCGAAGAAACAUGCGUCACCAUAUCUGGCCGUCCAGAUCGUCUGGCACACUUCUCAACUGAGCUUCUGAAUAAUUUCGGGCAUGGGAUUACUAUGCACCCCACCACGCUCAAUACGCUCUAUCACUCUCCCGUUCACACUGACAAUUUGCGCGUGCAAGUGCUCUCUGACGUAGCUUCCAGGAAUAUUUCGUUCCCCAAACUCUCGGACAUCAUAAUCCCACUAAGAUCUACCUUCACUGGUGAACUCAUAUCUGAGGCUGCUUCAGAUAGGUCGCUCAUCGAGUUGGUUCUGGAUAUGGUAAUCAUUCAACCCGUUUAUUGGAAUAUACUAGUCCAGAAGAUUUCUGCGAUCAUUCCAGAACGUGCGUCUGCGCGGUUGAUAAACAUGGGUCCUGGAAAUGGCCUCACCCGGAGUCUGGAGCGAGCCAUUGUCCGGAACAUCCCUGACCUCCUUGAUUGCACAGUAGUCCACGUCGCAGCACCCGAAUCCGCGGGGAUCAAGCAAGAACCCAUUGCGAUAAUUGGAAUGGCUGUAAAUAUGCCAGGGGCUUCGAAUACUUCCCAGUUAUGGGAACUACUCGAAAAAGGCCUCAACACCGUAUCCGAGAUUCCCGAACAUCGCUUCAAAGUUUCUGACUACACGAACGGUUAUUACCCAGGCCGGAAAAUGAAGGCACACACCGGUAACUUUUUACAAGGAGUUGACGAGUUUGAUCAUAAGUUCUUCAAAAUUAGCCCACGCGAAGCAAGAAAAAUGGAUCCUCAGCAACGAGUUUUACUUCAUGUUGCCUACGAAGCACUCGAGGAUUCCGGCUAUGUUCCAUAUUCUUCGCCUUGCUUUGACCCUCGGACUUUUGGAUGCUUCGUUGGCUCCGCGACGCAUGAUUAUCGUCACAAUUUGCGCGACGACAUUGAUGUAUAUUAUAGCACAGGUACACUCAACGCCUUCUUAAGCGGUCGCUUGUCAUACGCGAUGCAACUCAGCGGCCCUUCUGUCGUCGUUGACACAGCUUGCUCGUCAUCGACCGUUGCUCUGUAUCAAGCUGCACGGGCGCUCAUGAACCUGGACUGCAGAGCUGCGAUGGUUGGAGGGAUAAACGUUAUUUCAGCUCCUGACAUGUUUCUCGGAUUGGACAAGGGUCAUUUCUUAAGCCCUGCUGGCCAAUGCAGAUCAUUCGAUGCCUCCGCCGACGGUUAUGCUCGAGGCGAAGGCUGUGGAGUCUUCGUUCUGAAACGUCUUUCGGACGCCGUUGCUGAGAACGAUAAGAUUCUAGGCGUCAUUAAAGGGGUGGAAGUAAAUCAAAGCGGCUUAGCUCAAUCCAUUACCCAUCCCCAUGCUCCUACGCAAUCAGCCCUACUCGAGCAGAUUAUAUCCAACUCUGGCAUCGACGGGAAUCGCGUCAAUGUCAUAGAAGCGCACGGAACAGGUACACGAGCUGGAGACGCCCACGAACUGGAUAGCAUCCAGAGGGUUUUCUCAGGUCAUCGCUCACCCAGUAACCCUCUAUAUAUUACGUCCAUCAAGGCGAAUAUUGGUCACCUUGAAGCCGCUUCUGGUUGCGCGGGUCUCACAAAGCUCUUACUCAUGUUCCAGCAUAAAAUAAUCCCAAGACAGAUUUCGCUACAAAAUGUUAACUCGCAAGUCGCCCAGUUAUCUGCCGACUACGCACUCAUCCCGAAUACCAACAUACCCUGGAUCUCAACGCACGAAAAUGCCCCUCGAGUGGCCAUUUUGAGCAACUUUGGCGCUGCUGGGUCUAACGUUGCUGUACUUGUCGAAGAGUAUGUCCUUCCGCAAAAGGACCUAUCGACCAGACGAUCCUCCUUUGUUUUCGGGAUAUCAGCGAAAAGCGAUAUAGCCUUACAAAAAAUGCGCGUUCAGCUUGUAUCGUGGCUACAACUCCCUGGCAAUCGCGGCACACCUCUUAUAAACUUCGCCUACACAUCAACUGCCAGGCGUCAAUUGUACAACCACCGGUUGUGUGCAUCGGCAACAGACCUGGAAGACUUGAUUCAACAACUCGAGAGUGUCCCCAUUGUGCGCCUCCCAAAAAAAGUCACACAAGUCAUAUUUGUCUUUUCCGGACAAGGUAGCCAGUACCCCGCCAUGGGCUCCCGUCUUUAUGAAACUUCUCCCAUAUUUAGGCAACAUAUUGACCAAUGCCAUUCCAUUUUGACAGAAUCUGGAUUUCCCGGCAUACUGCCCUUGAUCGUAGGCCUCAAUGACGUCGUUUCUAAACCGGGAGAGGAGUUAGUGGCCCUCCAAUCAUUCUUAUUUUCUUUGGAGUUCGCUUUGUCCAAACUGUGGCUCUCAUGGGGGAUACGACCAACGGCCGUGGUUGGUCACAGUCUCGGAGAAUAUGUAGCCCUGGUGAUCGCACAAGUUCUUUCCCUCAAGGACGCUAUCUUCAUCGUCGCCACGAGGGCCCGCCUUAUGGGACAGAAAUGUUCCCUCAACUCCACAGGAAUGAUUGCGGUGUCGCUUGGACACGAAGAAGUUAGGAAAAUCUUGGAGUCGAGUCCAGUCGUCGCAGACCUUGCGAUUGCUUGCUACAAUAGCCCAACAAGUUGUGUGGUUUCUGGUUCCCUAGUCCAGAUCAAAACCUUCAAGUGUCUCUUGGACGCUCAAUGUCUCGCAAAAAACGCGAUCCUCUCUGUACCUUUCGGCUAUCACAGCCCCGCCAUGGUGCCUUUGAUUGACACCCUGACAAAAGCCGUCAAGUCUAUCAAAAUUUCGCCACCCACGAUUCCAAUUAUCUCGAACGUCUCCGGAACGGUCGUUCAACCUGGCGACAAAUUUACGUUCAAUUCCGCAUACUUUGCUCAACAUUGCCUUCAGCCGGUGAGAUUCUGUGAAGGAAUUGAAUCAUUCCUACGUGAUCCAGCCCAUACGGCAUUGGAUUUAUGUUGGCUUGAAAUUGGACCGCACCCGGUUGUUUUACCCAUGCUCAAGGCUCAAGCCAAAUUGCCUGAGAGUGCUGUACUGCUAGAAUCGCUUCGGAAGCGCGAAGACGCAUGGACGACGCUGUCUAAAACUCUUUCUCGGAUGUACACCUCAAAUCUUGACGUAAAAUGGCGUUCUGUGUUCACAGAGAUGGGACCAGCCUCAUGUGUCACUUUACCGUCGUAUCCGUUUUCCAAAGAGAAAUUUUGGGUUCCAUUUGAGGAAGGACACAGAAUCGCUCGUGAAUCCGUCAACGGGCGUCAAAUUCAGCACACGUUUCUCCAUUCCUGGGUUCAAUAUCCUUCUGUCGACAAUGGGUGGGUUGCUAUUUUCGAGUCACCGAUAACUUGCCUGGAGAAGUAUAUUCGCGGACACACUGUGGCUAACGCGCCUCUUUGUCCUGCGUCAGUGUACUUUGAACUUCUUUAUGCUGCGACUUCUCUUGCAAAAACUUAUCUCGGAUUCGAUUCGGUUGACACCCAUGUCGUUUUUCGCGAAGUUCAGUUUUCCGGGCCUCUAGUACUCGAUCUCUGCGUUACACAGACGGUGCAGAUUAUUUUGACACUUAGCGACGACAAUGGCCACUUCAGCAUUAGCUCUCGUACCUCAUCGUCACCAGAGGCAAUGACUCACGCGAGUGGCGAAUUCCGGUCUCAGUCCUCAGCGCACACCUUGGCUAAAUUUGCCAGAGCGCUUCCCUAUAUCGAACGUAGGUUAAACGCAAUCCCGCAACCUCAAAACGGACAGGCACCCAAGGUUUUCUCAGCUCGAACCGCUUACGAGGUUAUCUUCCCCCGAGUUGUCAAUUAUUCACGGGAAUAUCACACAAUGCAAAAUGUCUUUGUCGAUGUUUCCGGAAUGGAGGCCUGCGCGACCAUAAAAUCGCCUUUAAUUCAGAAUGGCGAAAACUUUGUGGUCCAUCCCAUCUUUCUGGAUACAAUUUUGCAUAUGGCUGGUUUCGUCGCAAAUCUUCAAGGCGACAUUAACGACGCUUAUAUUUGCAAGGAGGUUGGUUCAGCAAAAAUUAUACCUAGCCGAAUCGAUCCCUCUACAUCCUACACGAUUUACUGCAACACCACCAUGAUGCCGGGACAAAGAGAUAUUUCAGCGGAAUGCUUCGUUCUCACUACUACGUCUACAAGAGAGGUUAUCGCGCACAUGAAGGACAUUCGUUUCCGAAAGGUCCGACUGGACACUUUGAAAGCAAGGCUUUGUCGUAUGACUCAGAAUGGAGCCACCCCCAUCGAGGCCCCCCUGAUAAGGCAUGGUGACACAUCAGCUGCAUCCCCGGAGCUUUCCUCCUCCUUCUCCAACACCGAAAAGAGGGUAGCGCAGAUAAUUGGCGAGGCAUGUGGAGUUAAUGUCGACAAUAACAGUAUCGGAUAUCUUGAUGUAAGGGCGAUUCUUUCGAACGUUCUCGGGAUAGCACCAGAAAAUAUUGACGAUACGAGCACCCUCGACUCACUUGGACUGGAUUCCCUUGCCUCCAUCGAAGCUCUCCACAUUCUUAACAAGGUCCACGGACUUCAGCUCCCAGAUAAUUUCUUUUUGGAACAUCCGACUCUUCGCUCAAUCCAGUCAUACAUUUCCGCUCAUGACCCUAGGCCUCGCAUCAGGCCACAAGCGCCGUCUCUGAAGGUAGAAAGCUCAGAUAAUAUCUUAGUUCGUAUUCAAGCAUCGUCCCCGCCCAGGCCACCGCUUUUCCUGAUCCAUGACGGCAGUGGUCUUGUCAAUUACUGUGGUCGCAUCUCGCCUCUCGGUCGGGAAGUAUGGGGAUUGAAAAACCCUCGCUUCUCGAGCGCCCAACCGUGGUCUUCGCUUGUGGACAUGGCGUCCGCAUAUGCUCAAUCAAUUCUGAAGGUUUCUACAGGCCCAUUAAUUUUAGGAGGCGUAGUCGCCUUCGAAAUUGCAAAACAGCUUGCUGCAACGCACAUCAACGUCAUGGGCGUUAUCUUGGUCGAUUCUCCCAGUCCGAAAAACAAAGUUCCCUUAUCGGCCGCCAUGGUCGACGCCAUCAUCUCGCCAAACACGACGGGGAGGGUUACGGAGGCGUUCAAAUUGACGAAGCGGCAGUUCUUGAUGAAUUCACAGAUCCUGGCUGAAUAUGAUCUAGAGGCCAUCACAUCCGGCUCUUACCCUCGCCUCAUCUUUUUGCGCUGCAUAGAGGGAUAUAAUUCUGUCGGAGUUGAUGUUCCCCUGUGGUUUUCCGACCGAAAAAAUGUCAAGGGGGUUACUGGCAACUGGGAGGGAAUUGUUGGACAGCCGGUGCAAGUUUUAGAUAUCCCUGGUCACCACUUUGAAGCGUUUAGUUCCGCGAAUGUGCGUUACCACUUUUUCCCCCCCUUUACUCUAUAA